AUGGAGAAGAUUUAUUAUUUUUUUUUUACAUUAUCCUGUUCUCUAUUGUUCCAGAUUUUGUUCUAUGAAGACCAGGACUUUCAGGGAAAGUCCUACGACUGCAAAGGGGACUCAGCUGACCUGCAUGGCUACAUCCGCCAAUGCAACUCGAUCAAGGUAGAGGGCGGCUGGUGGGUUCUUUUUGAGCGUAACAACUAUAUGGGCUAUCAGUAUGUAGUUGGUCCAGGGGAGUACAAUGACUACCACCGCUGGAUGGGCUUCAAUAACUGUGUCAGAUCCUGUAGGAUCAUUAAAAAUACCAAAGGACCAUACAAGCUGAUGCUAUUCGACCGGCCAAACUUUGCCGGCAGAUCUUUGGAGUUGACAGAAAACAUGAAGUCUGUCCAAGAGAAAUGGCUCAGACAUGAAGUCCAGUCCUGCAAGGUUCUGGAGGGCUCCUGGGUUUUCUUUGAACAUCCCAACUUCUGUGGUCGCCAGUAUCUACUGGAGAAAGGGGAGUAUCGACACCACUCAGAGUGGGGAGCUCUGAAAGCAACUGUGGCCUCCAUCAGAAGAAUCAUGCAGCUGUGA